AUGUCACCUCCACCACCGAUCUCAGAAUCUGACCCUCUCCUCGACAACUCACAACCACGACCACAACCAUGGUACAAAACCACUUUCGAAAACAACAAAGGUGCCCUCUUGAUCCUCUGUGCCGAACUUUUCGGUUCAUCAAUGGAUGCAAUGGCCCGAUUUCUCCAACAGGGUGAUCAUCAAAUGCAUCCUUUCCAAGUCAUUGUAUUUCGAAUGGGCAUCACAUUUAUCCUAAGCAGUGCAUACAUGUGGUACACCAAAGUCCCAGACUUUCCAUUCGGCGCCCCAGCAGUUCGACCCUGGUUGGUCCAACGUGCCUGCUUCGGAUUCGGAGGAUUAUUCUGUCUCUAUUACUCAGUACACUACCUGCCUCUAGCUGAAGCAACAGUCUUCCGCUUCCUCGUUCCCAUCUGUACCGCUCUAGCGUGUUCGCUCUUCCUCUCAGAACGCUUCACCCUCCAAGAGUUCAUCGCUGGUCUCAUCGCCUUAGCUGGUGUCAUCAUCAUCGCUCAUCCCGCCUUCAUCUUUGGCUCAGACAUCGACCCUUCAAAGCUCAACAUCCUGAAAGCCGGAGAUGUGGACAAAGUAACACCAGCUCAACGCCUCAUCGCCAUAGCCGUCUCCCUUAUAGGAGUCUUCGGUGCAGCAGGAGCUUAUACGACCAUCCGUGUCAUCGGUAACCGCGCCCACGCGCUCAUGUCCGUCAACUACUUCGCCUUUCUCUCGACUGUAGUUUCUACCUUAUUCCUGCUUUUCACACCCGGCAUCUCAUUCAUCAUGCCUCACGGCGCUAAAGAAUGGGUUCUCCUGAUUCUCCUGGGUAUCUGGGGAUUUAUCCUACAAUUCUUACUCACGGCCGGAUUGCAACUUGAUCGAACCAGUAAAGCGACAAGCAUGUUGUAUACACAGAUUCUGAUGGCGUUGGGAUUCGAUUGGGCGAUUUGGGGUGUGUUGCCUGGUGCAUGGAGUAUCUUUGGUGGUGUGAUAGUGAUUGGAAGUACGCUUUGGAGUGCGCUGCAUAAGCCAACAGUUGCUAAAGUUCCUGGCAAGAGUGUGGAUGAGGAGAGUGCGUUACUUGGCACGCAGACUGACGGGAGUGAGGAGGCUGUGAGGAGGGGGAGUGUUGGUGUUUAG